AUGGCACGCUUCAGCGCCAUUGUCAGCGAUAGCAGCGACGACGAACGUGAUGUUGCAAGGACUGCGCAUACCGCAUCAAAAUCUCGCCCUCCGCUUUCCCGCCAUGACGAGCCCGAUGAAGACGCCGCUACUUCAGGCGAAGAGGACGAGGACGAAGAAGGUGGUCAAGAAUCUGACGCGCAGACGUCGGACGGAACUUCGUCCGACAUGAAGGAAGGUGAACUUGUCGUGUCACGUAAACGCCCUCCGCCAAGCGAUGCGCUCGUCGAAGCCACAGACGGCGGCUAUCGUUCUAGUCAUGGACUCGGCGCACAUCGACGUCCACAUUCCCCUACGUCCUCGGAGUCGGACGAUGAAAUGCAAGUUCAAUACGGCGACAGCACUAUAACUCCUUGGGCGCGUCAUGUCGGCGUCGACGCCCAAAAAAUGCACGUUAUGCAGACCUCCUUGUUCCAUAUGCCCCAGGAAGCUGCACUGCUGAAAGACAUGAACCGCCCUAAUCGUCCUCGGUUCCAGUUAUCCUCUUCAGUGGCUCGAAAGCAUAGCCGAGACUCUGAUGGAGACGGUCUGCGAGUGGACUCCCGCGAGCGAUCUUCCUUUGCCCAUGACAUUGACCCAUCGCCUAUCAGACCUACCCGCAAGUUUUCUAGGGUUGAUAUUGCUGAUUCGGCCGUCCUUGGAACAGAAGGCGCGAUAGUAGACGCUGGUCUUGCCUCAGGCCGCUCCUUCCAAGUCAGCUGGGGCCCACGAGCCUCUCUCGCCCACCUAGGCCAACUAUGUGGCCCUCACGGCGAAACGAGUGUUUCAGCCAAUUCAUCGACCGUCAGCGUAACUUCUAUCCCCUUAAUUCCACAUUCACAGCAAGAGGCCAGCUCGCGACUGUCAACCCUGCUACAGCAUCAUCUUACGCAUACACCUAUAACAUCAGACCAAGAUGGAGUCCCUUUCGCAGAUCCAUCCUCAGCACUGAGCUUCGGCUCCUUUGCUUCCCUUUACCCCACCCCUGACAGGUCAUACGACGCCUCCCUUUUUAGACUCGGCUCCGCGUUAUUCGACGAGAUCAAAGUAAGACUUGGACGGGAUAUCACAAUUGAUAUCUCCAACAGAAUCACGUCCAUUCGACGAAAGGCAGCCCUAUCGUCAUGGUUGGAGGAAGCUGUUUCUUCGACCGUCGAAGCCGAUCUCCAUGAACGCCCACCAUCACGUUCUGGCGCCCACAUGUUCACGUUGCUUUCGGGAAACCAGGUGGACAAGGCUUGUGACGUCGCCAUGGAUAGUGGAAAUGUCAAAAUCGCUACCUUGAUUUCCCAGGCGCCGGGUGACUUCGAGUCCAAGGCUGACAUCCAAGAGCAACUCGAGAUAUGGCGAGAGCAGCGAAUAGAUGUUCACAUGGAUGAGGAUAUACGUAAAAUUUACGCGCUUCUGGCUGGCUCUUUGGACGUCCUUGAAGGCUCAAAAGGUGGCAACCUUGAACAAUGCCCUGAUGUGGACCUGCUGAAAGGUCUCGACUGGAAGCGCGUUUUUGGUUUACAUUUGUGGUUCUCAGAACCGCUUGAUAGCUCAAUAUCUCAGGUUUAUGAAUCAUACCAGAGAACAUUGGAAGAGCAGUCACCCCGUAUAUCCCCUCCACGACCAUGGUACACGGAGAACCAGCAGACGCCUCCUUUCAAACUUCCAGCUCCAGCUCCCCCUGACGGCCUCUUCUCCCUCAUCAGGCUCUUUGCUGAGCCUGCAUGCUCCCUCUCGCAAAUCCUCACCCCGCUCUCGUUCAGCCCUUAUCCCGGAGACCACUCCCUUCUCUGGCACCUUUACAUCAUAAUCUCCCGAAGUAUGCGAAUCCGCGACUUCUCAGACCGCGCCCAUCUUGGGGCCUGGCAAUCAUCCUCUGAGCUUAACGGCGAUGACAUCUCUUACGAGGGACAUAGCCCGUCGGCUGACAUAUUAGCCAGCAGCUACUCACAGCAGCUCGAACAACUUGGGAUGCUGCAAGAAGCUGUCUUUGUAUUGCUGCAUAUCGAAGGGUCAGCUGGGAGGGAAAAGGCUAUCCGCGAUUUGUUGUCUCGUUCCGCUGAUAAACUCGACGACUGGACAACUCAGGGUCUCCUGGGAAGCCUGCGAAUCCCGAAGGCGUGGAUCAACGAAGCUAAGGCCCUCUAUGCGAUCUAUCAAGGCCAGGUAUUCGAUGCAUACACGUUGUACAUGGAAGCAGGCCUCCAUCAGGCCGCGCAUGACCUCGCUAUUGCCGACCUUGCGCCCGAAGCUGUCAUCCGGCACGACCUGGAGCUUCUCAGAUCGUUGUUCGGCAAGAUGGAGAGCCGUCCAAUAAAUGGCUGGGCACAGCGUGGCAAGGCACUGCUAGAUUACGCCAACGCACUGGUGCGCAUUCCCGAACUCCACGCAGCAAUGACCGAACGCGCGGUACCCGACACUUUGCAAGAACAAGAGCUAGACCAGUUUUCCCGGAGCAUACCGCGUCUGAUUGGCGUCUUGCCAGCUAUUUUCCCUUCCACAGCUAACAUUCAGCAUCGCGUCGCGGUUUCUGAGAUGGCAUCGCGUCUAACCACGGCCCUAGACUCUAUCCGGCCCUUAGCACUGGUGAGUGUAUCUGUCGAUCCUCUGAAGGUGGUGUGCUACACCUGCACGUAUUCGGGCCCGAUUGACUAA